AUGUCAUCAGAGAUUUUGGAAAGAGUUUCAUCUCUUUUCAAAGACGAGUUGUCUCUUGAAAAGAUUAGAGACGUUAAGGAGCAAUUGAUCAAGGAAAAGUCAGCUAGCGAAUACGAAUUGCAGAAGGAAUCGCAGAAAUACUAUAAGAGCGUGGAAGAUGGGUUGAAAUUGUUGAACCUCUCACAAAAGUCUGUCAAAGAUAUUAAAAACGGAUUAGACGAUGUGGAUAAGUUGAGUAAAAAAAGUAAGUCGUCCAUUAGUAGGUACGAUGUUAUAUUUGAGGCUACUAAACUCUACGAAACUAUCGAUGUAACGUCUUCCAUCUAUGAUAGGAUAAUAAGGUUUGGUGACUUGAUCAGCCAAUUGGAUAAAAUGUUAGAGUACGAAUUGACCCAAGAUGCACUGGAAUCAGGAUGUCCCUAUUUGUUACAUAUCCAUUACCGUUUGACAAUGGCUCGAGAUUUCCAAGAUCAAAUGACAGUCAUGGCAGAUAUAUCAACGACAGAUGUACAAAGUACUAUUAGGAAGCUGUUCGCACAAGUUUCUUCACUUGUAUCUAAAUUCGAUAGACUGCUCGAAUCUCUCAUAUACGAUAUCGUGGAACUUGUGAGAGGUGAACAAAUAUCAUUGGUGAUUCGUCUUUUCAAAAUUAUAGAUUUGGAGGAAAGAGAAGAUUUAAGGAUUGCAGCCGUGAGAAAUAUUAUAAAGAAGAAAGAGUUGGAAGCUGAAAAAUCAUAUAUGAAAAAAUUGCCCAAUGAGAAAAACUCUGCCAGGUUCCAUCAUGGUGCUAGCGAUACCAAGGAGUAUCCUUCUAGUCAAGGGCUUUAUGAAGAAAUUCUUAGCGGUACGGUCUCCACUAGAACUAUGGUUCGUGGCUACAAGAAUUUCUUCUUAAACAAAUUGAAGCAAUCUGUGCAAGAUAUGUUUGUUGAAGUUAGGAAGGAGUAUAGUGGUGAGAAGAAGUUUGAAGUCUUGAGUAAUUUGGAUUGGGUUUUUAACGAAUUGAUGGUGGUCAAAGAGCAUGUUACACAAUAUUGUCCGGAACAUUGGCACAUCUUUGACUUAUAUUUUGAAACCUAUUACGAAGAAAUGCAUGGAUUGAUUACAGAAUUAGUCGAAUCUGAACCAGAAACUUUAGUUAUCUUGGACAUUCUCGAUUACGAUAAACAUUUCCAAAAGACCCUGGUAGAAGAUUUCGGGUUUCCCAAGAAAGAGAAAAGGAGUGUUAUUGGAGACGGAGAGAAAGAACAGUUGUUUAAUGAUUACUUGAGCCUAAUUGUGGUCAAAAUGAGUGAAUGGAUCGGUAAUUUAGAAAACGCCGAAUUUGAAGUGUUUUACGAGAGGAAGACACCACCUCAUGUUGAUUCUGAAGGUCUUUUGUAUUUGGAUGGUACUCGAACAUGUUUCCAAAUGUUCACUCAGCAAGUAGAAGUGGCAGCAGGCUCUGGUCAAGCGAAAAUUCUUGUGGGUGUGGUGGAUAGAUUCUGUGGGUUAUUAAAGCAACGUCAAAAGAAAUGGAUGAAUUCUUUGGACGUGGAGGUUAAAAAGUUAAUUAAUUUCAAUCGAAAAUACGAUUUAGAUCCAGAGAGUGUUACUCCUGAAGAGACAUGCCCCGGUGGUCUUGUAGAAUAUAUUGUUGCGGUAGCCAACGAUCAAAUGAAAGCUGCGGAUUAUUCUGUAGCAAUUUCCACCAAAUAUGGUCAAAUGGUUACCAAGAAUUACGAGAGAACUAUUACGGAAGAGAUUGAAAGAAUACUGGACGGAUUUGCCGAAGUGGCCAAAUACUGCUCCACACAACUGAUAAGGAUAAUGUUUGAAGAUUUACACAGACCAUUUGAUGAAGUUUUUAGUAAAUCUUGGUACAGUGGUAACCAGGCGCAACAGACUUCCGAUACGCUGUAUGAAUAUUUGAUAGAAAUUAAGACACAGAUGAAUGUAUUGGUGUAUUCGAGUCUUUUGGAAUCCGUUGUGGAAGAGACCAUUUUGAGAUUUAUUGGUUCAUUGAAAUACGGUCAUUCUUUCAAGCAGAAAAAUAAUAAGUUUUUGGACUGUAUGAAAAGAGAUUUCGAAAUCUUUUAUCGCCUGCUAGUCCAAUUGGUUCCUGAAACUGAGGACAAGACCAUCAUCAUCGAUGACAAAUUCAAGUUAAUGGAGUAUUUUAUGGAUUUUUCAUGUGGUCCGGUCGAUGCUAUAGCAGAAACGUGGGACAAUUGCUUGCAAAUAUAUUGGGAUACCCCAUUGGCCAUGUUAUCUGCCAUUUUGAAUUGUCGUAAAGAUGUAGAUAAUUCGACUUCAAAACGCAUACUACAAGCCGCUACUGAAAUUUCAAAUAAUCCGCAAAGGCUCACAGAACUGCGCAAUGCGGAAGCCCAGCCAACAUUUAUCAGCAGACUCAAUCUCGAUUCAUGA